CCCGCUGGCCAAUAGCCGGCGCGGGGCGGGUGAGGGGGGCGGGCGGUUCCCUGAGGCGGAGCGGCAGGGGAGGGCCCCGCGCCCCCUCAGCCGAGCGCGGGCCCCGCGGACCGGGGGAUGCGCCGCGAUCUGCGGUUGUUGCUGACAGCGAAGGCCUUCCUCCCAAAGCUGUUUAAAUGAGAAUGUCCCUGGCGCAAAGAGUGCUGCUGACAUGGCUUUUUACCUUACUGUUCCUGAUCAUGCUGGUGCUGAAGUUGGAUGAGAAAGCACCGUGGAACUGGUUCCUCAUUUUCAUUCCAGUGUGGAUAUUUGACACAAUUCUUCUGGUUAUGUUGAUUGUAAAGAUGGCCGGACGCUGCAAGUCUGGCUUUGACCCUCGCAAUGGCUCCCAGAACAUGAAGAAGAAAGUCUGGUACCUCAUUGCAAUGCUGCUGAAAUUGGCCUUCUGCCUCGCCCUGUGUGCCAAGCUGCAGCGCUUCACCACCAUGAAACUGGCCUACGUGUUCAUCCCGCUCUGGGCCUUGCUGCUUGGGGGCAUGGUUGAACUUGGAUACAAUAUCUUCUAUGUACGAAGAGACUAGCCUGUGCCAGGUGGUUUCCCGUGCCAAGAUUGGCACCACGUUACUAGAUUAUUACCACUUUGCCACAAAUUUGAUCUUCAAACUAGACAGCCAAAUGAGUCAAGCUGGAGACUUAAGCUAAAGCAGACUGAAGACUGAAAGUAGACGUGUUUCAUUUUUUUAUUUUAAAGCUCACAUAUGCUCUUGUAAAUAAAAGUAUUUGUUCAACAUAA